AUGUCCCGCCGUGGUGCCGUGCAGCGGUCGCCCACCUUCUUUGUGGGGGCUGAGAAGCAGAAGAAGGAUUUAGACGCCUUUCAGCGGCGAGAGCAGCAGCUUGCGGAGGUGUACUACAAAAACAAACCUCUUUGCUUCAAUGCGUGCACCUACCAGAGAACCCACCCUGUCAAAGCAAACUCUGGUCAUCGUGAUGCGGACGCAACGCUGGUGUCACCCAUGGCAGUGGGCGUAGCAGAUGGAGUAUCUCAGAUUGAGGAGUAUGGCAUUGACUCCUCCGAAUUGCCUACGGAGUUGCUACGUCAGUGUGAGGAGCUGGCUUUUGAUCAGCUGCUACCGCGGAGUCGUGCCAUUGCACCAUAUCAUGGCCCAAUACCAUUGGUACGAGAGGCUUUUUGUGGGACAGAGUGUCUCGGGUCAACGACUUUGGUAUUGGCCCUCCUGGACAAUUCGACGCGCAUCCACGGUAAGUUGCAUCCGAUGAUUGCUGUGAUCUCCAUCGGAGAUUGCGAGCUGGUGAUUUUGCGUCGGUUGCAGGGCCGUUCUGGGCCACUGGAACUCGUCUUCCACACUGAGAUGCAACGGGUGGAUGGUCAUUGCCAGACACCGUUGCAGCUUGCGCGGGUGGAUGAUCGGAUCGAUGCAGCCUUUGAUGAUAACAUCACCGUCGAAGUGAUUGAGCGGGGCAGCGCUGUGCAUUGUAUCUCUGCAUAUGAAGGCGACAUUGUGAUAGUUGGUUCAGACGGUGUUUUUGACAACCUCUACUUAGAUGAAGUCGCUGCGAUUGCAAACAAAGUGUUACCUCCAUCCGGAGCUUCGCGGCCGACACAAUCAUCACUUCUGACCAACUUGUCCAAACGGAUUGUGGAGGCGGCGCAUCAGAAGACCAAGCCGACCGUGGGCGGUUUCCUGCCGGAAGCUCCGAUUGGUCGGGGUGGGAAAAUGGAUGACACCUCCUGUGUGGUGGCUGAGAUCAUUGAGUGGACAGAAGCGCAUCAGAAGCUCUAUGCGCGGGAGGAGGUCUACCCCAAAUGGUCCAAUUUUUGGCAUUGUCAAGUGGGUUGUGAUGGAGAUGAGAAUGAGUUGCAGGAAUACGAUGGAGAAAUGACCCCGCCGGGCUUUCGAAAAAAGGGCAGACGUGACGAGAUGUUUUGCUCCAUCAGCUGA